GCCAUCCAGUAAAGAAGGGGUAAAACUUCACUCUACCCUCCCUCUGUGCAUUCGCCAGCUGGCGGCGCACAGAAACCUGAGCGCGCACCCGCGGAAAAUAGCGGUUGCUCUCUGUGUACCUCGUUUGCUUACAGUCGAGCUGAAUUCACAGGGCGGAGGGACGCUAGAACUCAAAAGUGCUUUUUCUCGUUUAUAAUUCUUUUAAAAGCGCAGGCAAAUCCGGGUCAAUGUAAUGCGAGAAGAUGUCUGUCAAUGAAUCAUACGUGGUCCGACCGUUUAAACUGAUCUCCUUAAUCUGUGUAUUUCUUGCCCUGGGUUUGGAUGUUGUUGCACUGUUGAGUCCAGCUUGGGUUACAGCGGAGCGCUACUCUUUGUCGCUAUGGGAAUCCUGCAGGAAAGUCGGCGCGGUCUUGCAAUGCUUCACGACUCUCAGAUCUGACUGGCAGGUGGCUACCCUGGUGCUGCUGCUGGCCGGUGCUGUGGUCACGCUGGUGGCCUUCCUCAUCGCCCUCGUCUCCUUCUGCAGCGGGACGCAGCGGAAGCACCACCGCAUGGUGGCAGUCUUCCUCUUCACUGCAGUGGUGCUGCAGGCUUGCGCCCUGGUCCUCUACCCGAUCAAGUUCAUCGACGGGACCGUCCUGCAGACCUACCACGAGUUCAACUGGGGCUAUGGCCUGGCCUGGGGGGCGACUAUCUUCAUGCUGGGGGGCGGCAUCCUCUUCUGCCUCCGGACAGACAUAUACGAGGACGGUCUGUACUGAGCCGAUGC